AGACGGAUCGCUGUAAUCAUGGAUGCAAAAUUAGAAGAAGUUACUCGAAGGAAACGGAAGUGACGAUACGGUCAAAGGUCGGUCUGCGCGCCUCUCGUGCUGCGCAGGGAAGCUUUCCUUGACAAAACAAACUUUCAAACCAGUCCUGGAUUUUGUUCAUCUCAUGUAAAAAAACAAAAAAAAUACAGUAGUGUUUUACGGUUUCGUGGGAAUUUAUCUGGCUAGCUGAAGGGCUAGCCUUGGUUGGCGAACGGGGGGGAAUACAAUGACCUGUUAACUUGAGCGGUAGUAGUAAGCUAACCGAGGUUUUGUUUCAUAGCAGGACUCCCACGAACUCAUUCCUUCAACCAUGCAGGACAUACUAGCUAACGCGGACCAUAUCAAGUUUGACCUGGAGAUUGCGGUGGAGCAACAGCUAGGGGCUCAGCCUCUACCGUUCCCCGGCAUGGACAAAUCCGGGUCUGCUGUUUGUGAGUUCUUCAUGAGAGCUGCCUGCAUAAAAGGUGGGAUGUGUCCUUUUCGUCACAUAAGUGGAGAGAAGACGGUAGUGUGCAAGCACUGGCUGAGAGGGCUUUGCAAAAAAGGAGAUCAGUGCGAGUUCCUUCACGAAUAUGACAUGACAAAGAUGCCAGAAUGCUAUUUCUACUCCAAGUUUGGUGAGUGUAGCAACAAGGAAUGUCCGUUCCUGCACAUUGAUCCGGAGUCCAAGAUCAAGGACUGCCCGUGGUAUGACCGAGGAUUCUGCAAACACGGUCCUGACUGCAGACAUAGACACACAAGAAGGGUGAUUUGUGUCAACUACCUGGUGGGCUUCUGUCCAGAAGGAAAAUCGUGCAAAUUUAUGCACCCUCGUUUCGAAUUGCCAAUGGGAACCUCCGAGCAGCCUCCACUGCCAUCACAAAAUCAAAAUCAGUCAAAGUCGGGUCCAAUCAUGGGUCGCUCGUCAUUCUCGGUCAUCCACCUGACUAACGCAAGCCCAGGGUCACGGUCACAUAACAACUCUUCCAUGCCUAUGAUGCAACAGAAUCAUGUCAUUUCCAGCAGAGGGCCUCGACCUCUUGACCAGGUCACCUGCUACAAGUGCGGAGAAAAGGGCCAUUACGCCAACAAGUGUAAUAAGGGCCACCUUGCCUUCUUGAGUGGACAGUGACCUACAAGAUGGUGUACCGAGUCAACAGGGAAAAUGGACACUCACAGUUUGAGCUCUCAAAUGAAAUCCCUAGAACCUGUGAUUUCUUUUGGUCAAUGUAGUCAUACACAGGUACAUGAAUUUACAUUGUUUCAAUUUGUAUCCUUUUUAUACAGAAUGAAAAAAACCAAGACGCUAUUGUCAUCUUGUGUAGAGUACUUCAGUGGAAUAAUCACUGAUGAAAAACGUACACCUUAAAGGGGAAGUUCGGAAUUUUUGACAUCAGGCUUAAUCUUUGAGUUGGGGGGAGGGUUAAUUAGUCAGUGGAGUUGAUUUAAAGUUUAGGGGGAGUUUUUUUGGGUUUUUUUCUCCAGAGCGGCUAAGCUAACGGAAGUCGAUAGUCAAAUUCAGGGGACUAUGUUAGAUCUGUUAAUAUCCAUUUUUGUUGGCAUGCUAGGAGGGCACUAUUGGCUUGUGUUAGCUUAGCAACUCUGGAGCCCUGAAAAUAAAAGAUAAAAAAAAAAAAAAAA